UCUAUUCAUUAUUGGUUUGCUCUAGGAUGAUACGGAUCGUGACAAUAUGCACUGCACACAUUAUCGUCCGGCACGGAAUCCUGCUUGCUGCAACCAAAGAGUUGCGUCAAUCUCUUCCUGUAUCCGGUUAAGGAUCACUAUACAGAAGACUUUGAGAACUAUACACAGUAGACCUGUUCACUUUUUUUAAGCACCUUGUGUCACAUCAUUUUCUGAAUCUAAAUGCCAAAACAAGUCUUUGGUACAAAAAUGAGCAAUUUUGAUAAAGAUUUAGAGGUGUAUCAAAUUGAUUUUAUGAUUUUUUGGUCAUAUUUACAGAAAAAUCCUUCCAUACGUUAAAUCUUAUUCCGAACAUGAAUCAACAAUAUCGUUAGCUUAUAGUUGAAACUAUUAUCUACAACUUUGCCAAAGAAACUAGGGUGUUAAAACUGCUUAUUUUAUUGUUAUUAAACAUAUUUGGUUGAAAAAACACUUAUAAAUUGAACAAUUUUGCAUUCAUGCUCAUUAGUUUGGCAAAAGUUCUUCCUGACUUUUGUGACUAAAUUCAUUAUCAAUUGCGCCAAGGUGUUCUGAACAUUUCGUUCAUACAUCAUUUUUGCGUAAGAAUUCAUUUUCAUUGAGUAAUUAUUAAAAGUUUACCACGCUAUACCUUGAAAACACAUAGGGUAGCCAAACAAAUUUUUCGUGUGAAAUCAAAGUCAACUGGGUUUAAACAUGGCAUUGAAUGCUAUCACCGCAAACAUCAUCGAUCCUUAAUGGUGCUGACAGUAAGGUUAAGGAAAGCGAAUCUGAAGGUCAUAUGUUCAAGACCAACAAAAGAUUUUUUUAAAUUAAAUCUCUUGAUGCCACUGUUGUAUUUCGUUUGAAUUUCUUUAUUGAAGUUUACUCAAAAUGUCUAUGUUUGUGCGUUUCAUAGCAUAGUAAAUUCAGGCUUUGAUGAAAAACUUAUCAAAUUAAAACCGAACUAAUAAAAAACAAAGUAAUCUUUGAAUUGAAAUUUGACACACAUUCAGUUUCUUCCAAGAUUUCUGCCAAGAUUCAACGAUCAAUAUGAAUCGUCAGAUUUGGAAUGUCGGUUCGUACCGGGAUUCUUUUCAAAAAGACAAGUAUCCUUCAACGCGCAACGUACUUCAAGUGUUCUUCCAUUACCAUAGAAAGCAAAACAUGACAGUACCGGCAAGCAGUAGGUUAGUCGCGAAGGCCGUUCAUAACAUCUGGUUAGAGAAGAAUCGGCAGCCCCAAAAGGUUCCAUAUAUUAGCAAAAAAAUUGGCAACCUUUUCUCAAAGUGGCGGAAAUUACUUGCAAACCGUAAGAAGUCUCAAUCCUGUUACAAACUGAAGCGGCAACAGUGGCGGGAUAAUCUACCAGUGGUUUUCGAUGUCUCGCGAAGUGAAUCCAGAUUUAAAUCUUCUAAAGAAUCCCUUCCGGAGACGGAAUCCGUAACAAAUUCGAUCCAAGAUAGUGAGCUUUCGGAUGCAAAUUCUGAUUGGGAUGAUGCCACUUCUGAUUAUAGUGAACCAUUGCCAAAAAAGCAGAAAAUUGAACCAUGGAAGAAUGAAGCACUUACUUUGCUUGAUCGUGCAAUGGUUACUGAUACGGCGGCAUCAGCGAUUUUAACCGCUACGGCGGUUGGAUUGGGUCUCAAUACCAACUCAGUGGCUAGUAGCAGAUCUAGCUUGUACCGUCGCAGGACAAAGGCACGAGUUGAGCAGAUGGAGAAUGCUCAGAAAGAAUUUUCACCAUCAGAAGCAGUUGUAAUUCAUAUUGACACGAAACGAAUGAAGAAAGGCGUUGGACUCGAGUCAGAAGAAAGGUUAGCCGUAACUACUUCUGGAUUUGGAACGGAACAAAUUGUUGGAGUACCAGUGAUACCGACAGGCACCGGCAAAGAUAUUGCGCAAGCGGUAGUGAAACUGCUGGAAGAAAAAGGCAUCGAAAACAGCAUAAAAGGCAUUUGCUAUGACACCACAGCGGCUAAUUCAGGUAUACAAAAUGGAUCCGUGGUAUUGCUGGAAAAGCUGAUAGGACGAAGUCUGCUCCGUCUACCAUGUAGACACCACAUUCUGGAGUUGAUCCUUGAGGCGGUUUUUACAAAAGUAUUCAGCGAGAAAUCCAGUGGCCCUGAAAUAACAAUUUUCAAACGUUUCCAGAAAGAAUGGCCUGGUAUCAACAAAGAUUCAUACAAAGGUGCAAAAGACCUGAUCUCACCAAAAUUGAUACCAGCAUAUCUAAAAUCGAUUGAGACUCUUCACCACAUGAAGAAGAUUCGCGCUGAUUACCAAGAAUUCAUUGAAUUAACUGCCUUACUUCUUGGAGUCGAGACACUGAAUGGUUCUCAAAUUAAAAUAAAGUCACCUGGCGCCAUGCAUAGGGCUAGGUGGAUGUCUCGAGCGCUGUACUCGCUGAAAAUGUAUUUGUUCCGCGAGCAAUUUAAACUCGACAAAUCAGAAAUCCGGGCUUUGCGCAGAAUCAAUAAAUUCAUAGUAUUGGUAUACUUGGAUGCAUGGUUCGCUGCCCCGGCUGGUCCAUCAGCUCCGAGACAUGAUUUGCAAUUACUGAGUAAGCUGAAAUCCUACAAAGAUUCAGAAAUCAGAAUAGUAGCACAGAACAAACUGUUAAGGCAUGAGUGAAGUCAAUGUUUGUCUUGCACUAUUUGAUGAUAAGGUCACUGCAAGCACCAAGAAGGAGAUGAUUAGAAAAAUGCAAGGCAGUACGAAAAAAAAUACUCGAAACACCGGAAAAAGCAAAUCAGAAAAGUUGGAAGACUAUGUAACUUCAAGGUCGAGAACUUUUUUUGAAAUAAUUGACAUCAAAACUGAUUUCUUUGAAGAAAAAGACGUUGAAAAAUGGGAAGAGUACGAUUCAUAUAACAAGGCCAAAAUGCUUUGCGAAUCUCUUAACGUCGUUAACGAUUCUGCUGAAAGGGCAGUAGCGUUAGGUGAAAAAUAUAACAACUUCGCAACCACUAAUGAACAAGAGAAACAAGCUGUGAUGGUGAAUGUUUUCAAUAAUCGAAAAAAGCUGAAGUCUUUGACGAAGCAAAACAUAAUCGAGCAAAUUUCGUGAUUGAUAUUCCUACAUUGUUAUAAUUGAACAUCUUAUUAUAGUCCUUUUAGAAGAUAAGUUUUUAUUUAAAUUGAAUUCUUGUUAAAUAUAAAAAAUAUAAAACUUUCAAAUCCGUUUAUUAUAUAUGAAUGAGCCGAAAACAUACCACUAAAAGAUUGAAAACAGAAUGCAACUUGUUGGAGCCUUUUACUUGGAGAUAUUCAUCAUCAUUCUUGUAUCCGGACUUAUUCACUUUCGAACGUUUUUGAUUCGUUCGAACCCGUAGCCCAUUUGAUUUUGCUAGCGUAAGCCGAAAAGCGAACGAUUUACGUUCGAAAGUGGAUUCGUUCGAAAACAAGAAAGGGGGUGAUUUUCAUAAUCAAUGAUGGUGAAAAAUUAAGUUCUUAAAUCUUAUGGUUAAUUCUGCUGCACUGGUCGUAAUAAUAACAUCGUGACGAGCAAGGUGGACAAUAUCUCAGGGGUUUAACAAUAACUCGCCAUCGGACUUGUAACAUUGCUAUGGCCCAAUGAGCGAUGUAAAAAAAAAUCUGGAUCUGCGCUCGAACUCUGGAUCUUCUGAUCCACUCGCUCGGACCUUACCAUCAGCACCAUUUCUAAGCAUACGAUCAAUUGAUAAUUAUUAACGCUUAUAAGCCAUGGGCACCUUCGAUUGCACAUGAAAAUUUAAUUUGGCUACCCUAUGCGUUUUUUAAGCAUAGCGUGGUAAACUUUUAAUAAUUACUCAAUGAAAAUGAAUUCUUACGCAAAAAUGAUGUAUGAACGAAAUGUUCAGAACACCUUGGCGCAAUUGAUAAUGAAUUUAGUCACAAAAGUCAGGAAGAACUUUUGCCAAACUAAUGAGCAUGAAUGCAAAAUUUUUCAUUUUUUAAGUGUUUUUUCAACCAAAUAUGUUUAAUAACAAUAAAAUAAGCAGUUUAAACACCCUAGUUUCUUUGGCAAAGUUGUAGAUAAUAGUUUCAACUAUAAGCUAACGAUAUUGUUGAUUCAUGUUCGGAAUAAGAUUUAACGUAUGGAAGGAUUUUUCUGUAAAUAUGACCAAAAAAACAUAAAAUCAAUUUGAUACACCUCUAAAUCUUUAUCAAAAUUGCUCAUUUUUGUACCAAAGACUUGUUUUGGUAUUUAGAUUCAGAAUUUGAUGUGACACGGGGAAUCUGGAAACAAAACUAAAAAAGUGAACAGGUCUAG